GGAAGGUCUGAGCUCAGCAAGUGGUUGCUCCUGGGGGAACCGGGAGGUGCUUGGCACUUCCCGAGCCGAGCGCCGGGGCUGCUCUGCUCCCAAGCCCCCCUCCCUCCCCCCUGCCACCCCCAUGGCGGAUGACAUCGACUGGCUGGACCUGCCGGGCAGGUGGACCUACGGCGUCUGCGGGGACGGCCGCAUCUUCUUCAUCAAUGAUGAGACCAAGACUACAAGCUGGGUGCACCCUGGCACAGGCUACUCCAUCCAGAGUGGACACUUCUCCUGUGUUGGGCUGCCCCGAGGCUGGGAGGUGGACACCACGCUACACGGGGGCUUCUACUUCAUCAAACGGCAGUAAACCCGGCGAAAGCAAAGAUCUCAAGGUGCGCUGAGGGCUGGAGCGAAGCACCGGGAUUAUCCGGUCUAAUCCGUGGUAGCAGAGCCAAGGUGUCCUUGAACCAGCCCCGUCUUUGAGUCGUGCAGUCACCAGCAUCGCCGAGAGUGGGGCUGGCUGUGUGACAAACCUCCCCGGGUGGGUUGGAGCUGCCUGUCCGCAUCCUGCUCCACGGAGGGGACCGUCACCCUCGGGAGCUACUGUGUCCUCAGUGCGUUGCCUGUGAAUCCUUGCCCGGGGGGAAUGGGCUGGAGGUGUGGGGGGCUGCGAUCGGGGGGCUGCUUCCCCCCGAGUCCUCUGUGCUGUGGGCUGCUUCUGCCUUUGUGACAGCAAACACAAGGUGGCAUUGAGGCUGGCACCGCCGUGCAUACCCCGCACGUUGCUGCACACGUGUGUGCACAGCUGCAGAGGAGGGAAACGCUGCCUCUGCGAUGCUGAGCACUUUCUGCCAGCCCAUGGGGUAGCACUGCUAAUAAAAGGGCUC